AUGGUUUUGACCGGACGAUAUUAUUUAAUCAACGAUCUACUUGUUACAGCAACAUGGGUUGGUGGUGCGUAUAUAAAUGGCACAGCCGAGGCACUGUACAAAGGAGGUUUAUUGGGAUGUCAAGCACCGUUCGGUUAUGCUCUGUCGUUGGUUAUUGGUGGCAUUCUGUUCGCGAAGAAGAUGCGCCAGAAAGGAUAUGUGACCAUGCUGGAUCCUUUUCAGGUCAUUCAUGCUAUGCGUUCGAUGCACUCCAAUCACAUAAAACUUGACUAA